AUGAUGUCAUUUCUCACCCAGCCGCUUUCACCUCGAUCGACCAGCUCAUUAAGCUUUGAUUGUGACGAGGGGGUUGUGCAACCGACCCUGUCGCAAAUACGCACACCAGCUUCUAGCUACCGGCCCUUUGUUUGCGAGGAGCCCGGCUGUGGCCGCCGCUUUAAUCGCAAAUUCACGCUCAACGAGCACAAGAAGACGCACACGGGCGAAAAGCCAUAUGUAUGCCCAUUGUCUGAAUGCAGUCGCCGCUUCAGCACAUCUGGCAAUUUAGCGCGCCAUAAACGCCUCCACGCAUCGUUGAAGCCUUUUGAAUGUGACAUCAACGGCUGUAAACGUUCAUUUCCUAGCCAAGAAAAGCUUGACCAUCACACUAAGAUUCACACUGCUCGGAAGACACACAUGUGCCGAGUGAAUGGCUGCACCAAGACCUUCAGCACAGCUGGCAAUCUCACCCGACAUAUCAAAACUCGCCACCCAGGUCUUAUAAAGACCUCCUUUACUUCAUAUCCGUAUGACCAAUUAAGUCCCGUGUCUAGACAAGAACCGUCACUUCAAUACUUGCCAGCACAUCAAGCUGACCGCACGCUAUCUGUUAACAUAAUCCCAGCUGGUAAAACGAAAAUGGAGUUUGAUUCGAUAGAACAUCCGUCAUAUCAUGACGAAAUGUCGGGUUUCCACAUGACUUACGCAUUUGCAACAAAGAUCUCACAGGGUACAGCUGUGGCUUCAGCCAUGGAGCCCACCGUCAGCGGUUGCAGCAUAAGUGUGCUGGACGAGGUGAUAGAAUUCGAGCUCACUAAAAGUAAGCUAGCAUGA